AUCAGACUUUAUCCUUCAAUGUCAAGAAGAAAAGAACAUAUCCUCUUGUAACUUGGAUUACAAGGACCCUCUGAUACUCCUACUUUUCUCCUCCUACUUAUGAAUCCUCAUAUAAACAACUAGUGCAACCCAAUUCAUUUAAAACUUUGAAGUGAAUCUAAUCCUCAGACGGAGAAAUGUGUGAAGCAAAGACUUUCAAUUGCUGGGCUAUGCAAUUUCUAGCUUUCUUGGGACUCCUAGCCCUCUGUCUAUGGGUGGCCUUACGUCCAAAGGACCCUGAGUAUACCAUCGUGGAUAUUACCAUCCCAGAAUCUGAUUUAGGGGGCGGGGGACACAAUGGUUCUCUCACAUAUGGCCUUCAAAUCAAAAAUCCUAACAAAGACUCUAGCAUUUACUAUGAUGAGGCAGUUUUAACGUUCUUGUAUGGGUCCGAUAGUGUUGGGGAGAAACACAUACCUGCUUUUCGGCAAGGAAAAGGUAAAACCCAUCAAGUGAUUGAUUUUGUUGAUGUCAACCCACGAGUUUGGAAAACUUUUCGCAAUUCCAUAUUGAAUGCAACUGCAGAAUUGAAGGUGGCUUUACUAACUCGGGUUCAAUAUAAAACAUGGGGAGUGAGGAGUAAGCAUCAUGGGCUAGAUUUGCACGGUAAAUUACCUAUCGGUUCAGAUGGUAAGAUUUCUGGUAAGAAGAAGAAAGUUAAGCUAAGCCAUGCUUCCAAGAAAUGGAGAAGGAGCAAUAGCCGACAAUUACUAGGUUAGAUGUUUUCUUGUAAAUUUACAAUAUGGCUUCCCUUACUUUCAUAUUGUUGCUUGUAAAUUAUAUACUCGUAAUUGUUCCAAUUUUUAUUGUAGUAGAUCACACAAUUCAACAGUUUAGCAAAUGACCUGCACAAUUGUAAUGAUACAUACUUCCAACUCCCUUUUAGAGUCAUAAAUAACAAUACAACAGUAGAAUUAAGAACAA